AUGCCAGAGCUGCCCUCUGAUGACCGCCUGCUUAAACCAUGUCCAGAGGGUCAGAUCAGUGUUAAAGAUCCUGCAGUUUCUAAUACCUCCUGCCAUUGUCGUCAAGGAUACCAAGGGAGUGCAUGUAACCAGGACAUCGACGAGUGCUCAGUAGGCUCCAACCCUUGUGAGUACGGUGGGCGCUGCAUCAACAGUUUGGGUUCCUACAGGUGCCAGUGUCUGCUGGGUUUUAUGGGGUCCCACUGUGAACUGGAUGUGAAUCAGUGUGCAUCAGGUCCCUGCAAGAACAAUGCCACCUGCCUUAAUUUGAUUGGAAAAUACAAAUGUAUCUGCAAAUCAGGUUUUGUUGGUCCUCAGUGUCAAGGUGUUGUUUGUGGUCAGCAGGUGUGUCAAAAUGGUGGUACGUGUCUAACAACAAGAGGAGGCAAUUUCUGCAGAUGUGUGAAUGGCUGGACUGGAGAUGACUGCAGUGAGAACAUUGAUGAUUGCCAAGAUGCAGCUUGUUCAGAAGGAUCAACUUGCCGUGACAGAGUUGGAUCGUUCUCCUGUAUAUGUCCACCAGGGCGCACUGGUGAGAACUUGUUUGUGUGUUCAUGUGUGUACAGUAGGUGUGUGGACCUCUCCACUGGAACAGAAACACCUUUAGAUGUGGGAUGUGUGUGUCUUUCAGGUGCUAACCCAUGUGAGCAUGGAGGGGCCUGCAUCAACACUGUUGGGUCCUUCUCCUGUGAGUGUCAAGCUGGUUAUGUGGGACCCCGCUGUGAGCGAGACAUCAACGAGUGUGCAUCCAAUCCCUGCCAAAACAACGCAAUAUGCCUUGACCAAAUUGGACAAUACAAGUGUAUCUGUGAACCAGGUAGAUUAUGUUUGCAUUUGUAGUAAACAUUUAGUCUCUCUUUUUUUCAUUAGACACAACAGAAGUGAAUAUAGAAACA